CCUCAGUCAGUCAUUCGCAGCAUCAUGGCCAACCAAGUGGACCACUCGAACCCCAUCACGCUCUCGCGCUUCAUUUUGGCCGAGAAGGAGAUCCAGGGCAAUGCUGACCUGAGCGUGCUCUUCACGUCUAUCGAGCUGGCCUGUAAGGUCAUCGCCAGCUCGGUGCGUCGUGCUGGUCUCACGGGCCUCUACGGCCUUGACGGCUCGGAGAACUCGACCGGAGAUCAGGUGAAGAAGCUGGACGUGUUGGCCAACGACAUUUUCAUCAACUCGCUUAAGUUCUCGACCAAGAUCGAGGUCAUGGUCUCCGAGGAGGAGGAGAAGCCUAUCGUCGUGCAGAACGACUCCAGUGGCACCAAGUACUGCAUCGCCUUCGACCCGUUGGACGGCUCAUCCAACAUUGACUGCAACGUGUCCACUGGCACGAUCUUUGCUAUUUACCAGCGCGACGCCUCGUCCGAAGGAGGCUACAAGGACAUUCUGCAGCCUGGCAGCAAGCUGGUGUCGGCCGGUUACUGCAUGUACGGUAGCUCUACGCAGCUGGUGCUGACGUGGGGCAAGGGCGUGCACUGCUUCACGCUGGAUCCGACGAUUGGAGCCUUCAUUCUCUCCCAUCAGGACAUCCGCAUUCCGGACGAGCCCAAGGCCAUUUACUCGUGCAAUGAGGGCAACUAUGCCCAAUGGGACAGUGCCACCAAGGCCUUUGUGGACGAAUGCAAGACCGGAUCCAAGGCGUACGCGGCUCGUUAUGUCGGUAGUAUGGUGUCUGACAUCCACCGAACCAUCCUGUACGGAGGCAUCUACCUGUACCCGGGCAGCACGAAGGCCAAGGACGGCAAACUGCGUCUUCUGUACGAGUGUAACCCCAUGUCUUUCAUCAUGGAGCAGGCUGGCGGCAUGGCGACCACUGGCACGGAGCGGAUUCUCGACCUCGUCCCCACGGACAUCCACCAGCGCUCGCCAAUCUUCCUGGGUUGCAAGCGCGACGUCGAGCGCGUCAUUGCGCUGUACAAGGAGCACAACUAA